GUUUAACUUUCACAAAACCCUCACUCCUCUCCCCCGAUACCACCGACCUUCACUCACUCACUUCUCCCCAACCCUACCAUGGCCGCCGCCGGAGAUCUCCAUCUGCCGCCGGGAUUUCGCUUCCACCCUACCGACGAGGAGCUCGUCAUGCACUACCUCUGCCGGAAAUGCUCUGCGCAGUCGAUUGCCGUUCCGAUUGUGGCCGAAAUCGACCUCUACAAGUACGAUCCGUGGGAACUUCCAGGUUUGGCUUUGUACGGCGAGAAAGAGUGGUAUUUCUUCUCUCCGAGAGACCGGAAGUACCCUAACGGUUCGAGACCUAACCGCGCCGCCGGUAGCGGUUACUGGAAGGCCACCGGAGCUGAUAAACCGAUCGGACAUCCGAAGCCUGUUGGUAUUAAGAAAGCUUUGGUGUUUUACUCCGGCAAGGCGCCGAAAGGCGAAAAGACGAAUUGGAUUAUGCACGAGUAUCGCCUCGCCGACGUCGACCGCUCCGCCCGCCGGAAGGACCGCAGCCUCAGGCUGGAUGAGUGGGUGCUUUGCCGGAUAUACAACAAGAAGGGAUCAAUCGAGAAGCCGCCGGCGACGGCGCCGCCGCAGAGGGAAGCGACGCCGGCGGAGGAAACAAAGCCAGCCGUGAUGAAGACGGUGGCCGACGCGUCGCCGAUGGUGUACGACGAGUUUAUGUAUCUUGACCCGUCGGAAUCCAUGGGGUCCGAGCACGUGCUGUCGCCGGAGGUGGAGAGCACGCCGAAGCUGACGGAGUGGGAGAAAUCCACCCUCGGCUAUCCAUUCAACUACCUCGGCGGCGGGCCGCCAUUGUCGGCGGCGGCGGCGGCGGCGCAGUUUCAGGGUGGUAACUUUCCGGUGGAGGCGGCAAUGCCGGAUUUGUUAGCCUUUAUUACAAAGCAGUGCUGAGGUGAACCAAUGAGGGGCGUCCACGUGGCAUAGGAGACUUGCAGAAUGACGAGUCUAUGAGAGUGCCGCCGCCGGAGGAAUAUGAAUGAAAGAUUUGUGGAUUUGUAAUUUGUAGUUUAAAAUAUAUAUAUAUAUAUAUUAUAUUAAUUAUAAUUAUUAUGACAAUUAGUUUUAGAAAUUUGUAGUAUAAGGAUAUGUGGCGCCGCCAUAAGUUUGAUAGUGUAGAUACAUUAUUUAUAUUUAAUUAUUAUUAAUUAAUGAUUAAUUUUUUUAAUGCGGUA